CCGGCGAGGCUGCGUGCCGCCGUGCGUGCAUGCAGCAUCGUCGGCCGGCGCCGGCAGCAGCAUGGCCCUGAUCGACCUCGGGCGGGGCGGCGGCGGUGGCGGCCGCGGCCGCGGCGCGCCGGCCAAGCCGCGGCUCGUCAUGAUCGUCGCCGACCCCGGCCGCGAGUCGACGGCGGCCAUGGAGUGGGCGCUCUCCCACUCCAUCGUGGAGGGCGACGACAUCCUGCUCCUCCACGUCAACAUGCCCCACCCCAACAACGGCGCCGCCGGGCCCGGGCCCUCGCGCUCGUCGUCUGGCGGGACCACCGGCUCCCCGAUCGCGGCGCUCCUCGGCGGGGGCAGCGCGGACGGCGGCGAUUUCAUGGAGGCCAUGCGCGCCGCGUGCAAGGCACGGUACCCCCGCGCGCGGGUGGUCGGCAAGCGCGUCGAGCCCGCCACGGAGGGCCGCGAGGCCAAGGCGCAGACCAUUCUCGCCGAGUCCCAGCGCCGUGGCGUCGAGCUCCUCGUCAUCGGCCACCGCCGUUUCCCCUCGUUCCUCGGUUUGAGAAGCUCGAGCGGGUCGAGCCGCGCGCAUGACAGCACGGCGGAGUUCUUGAUCGAGCACAGCAAAUGCCUGUGCGUGAGCGUGCAGAAGAAGGGCCAGAACGCCGGCUACCUGCUCAACACAAAGACCCACAAGAACUUCUGGCUCCUAGCAUGAACAUACAACAUGUACUCGGUUCAUCUUCCAUUGAUGGCGGAUUGGACUUGUCUUCAAAUUAGAUACCGCGCACACGAUCGCACCAUGGCAUACCAUGCUUGCUUGAUUAAUUUGUAAACAAUUAGAUCAGCGCUAGCUGGC